CAUGAAGCCAACGUCUGACUGUUGUCGCCUGAAAGGAAAACCACCAGACGGUGGUUGGUCUUGGGUUGUUUUAUUUGGAGCAUUUUUGUUAUUUGUGGUUUAUUCCGGAUUUUAUGAUGUAUAUCCAAUUGUUUUUAAGGAAUUACGACAAAGAUUUGAUGCCCCAGCCCAUGAAGUUGCAUGGGUUAGUGCUAUUAACGAGUCGAUAAAACUGUUAUUAGCUCCCUUUAUAAGCAGCCUUGCUAAGUACACUGGAGCUCAAAGUUUGACAGUUUUAGGAGGAAUUGGUGCCUCGAUGGCUUUGACAUGCUACAAUAUUGCUAUUUCAGAAUAUUUUGUAGAGAAAAAAGGAAUGGCUAUUCUAUUAAUGCACUGCGGAGCUGGACAAGUCAUAGCUAUUACCGAUAAUGUAAAGCCUUAUCAAAUAGGUGAAGCAAUUGGUGUAUUGCGAUUCAUUCAAGGAGUAUCUGUUCUAAUUGGGCCAAUUUUAGCUGGCACCUUUCGAGACGAAACUGGAACUUAUUUUUGGUCCCUUAUUUUGAGCGGAUCAUUAAUGUGCUUUGGUUCUAUUUUUUUUAUUAUGCAUAAUAUUUUCAGAAGGUUAACAUUAAUUGCGCAAUACAGAUGCUAA